AUGACUUCUGUUAGUGAAGAACAAAAAUCACCUUCAAAAAUUUUACAAAACGGAAAUCAACAAAUAUCAAAAGUUCAAUUUCAUCUUGAUGAUUCUCGGCAUAUAGAUGAUAAUCAUGAAUUAUUAGAUGAGUUUCAUGAAUAUUCACCGUAUUCAAAUAAUAAUUCAUCAUCAUCAUCAAUGAAUUCCACAACAAAUGGCACAACACUGCCAAAAACAUUAUUGAAUAAUGAAAAUAGGCUAAUGACAAAACGUAGUAUCAGGUAA